AUGUGGCCAUCUCGUUUCAAACAAUAUUCAGUCAUUCAACACCAAGAAAAUGAUAAUCAAGAAGCGGAUACAAAUUUAGCAUUUACAAUACCUCGCGAAUUAGAUAUUCGUCAUGAUCUAAGAUCUGAUUCUUUGUUUCAUGGCGGUAUUGAUAGUCCAUCCAUAAAUGCUAUUGAUCCAAUAUUACAACAAUCUGUACAUGUAACUAAAUAUCUCUGUUUAAAAUCGAAAAUCAGUACACAACAGUAUGUAAAUGAUCUCUAUGAACGAAUUUCAUUAACUAGUCAAUUAUCACAUCCAAAUGUUCGUCGAAUAUUAUCUUGGUAUAUUGCUGAUGCAUGUCUUUAUUCAAUAGCAAGUAUCAUACAAGGUACAUUACGUCAUGCAAUUGAAUCCGAAACAUUUUCACUUGAACGUAUUCAUCGUCUAUCAUUGCAAAUUAUCAGUGGAACAAUUUAUUUACAGUCGAAAGGUCUUUAUCCAUUGACACCUUGGUAUACAACAAAUAUUGAAUUAACGGAUGACGACCGAAUUCGAUUAUGUUCACCAACAAUAUCACCAAUAAAACUCAAUGGUGGACUUAUAAGAUAUCAUCAUUUAUGGAGGCAUGUACCGGAAAGCUUAAUACGAAUGAUUGUAAAAAAUGAAUCGCUUUUGAAUGCUGAAUCAACAGAUAAUUCUAAAGAAGAUGUAUGGUCCAUAGGUUGUAUUAUAGUUGAAAUGAUGAUCAACACAAUACUAUUCCGUCCGCAAAAUGAUGAUCCAUCCUUACAAUUAUUUUGUAUAGUACAAUUUGUUGGCGGUUUAACCAUAUCAUUGAUUGAUUGUUUUCCACCUCAUGUUAAACAAUUAUUUUCCAAUAUAAAAUGUGACAGUCAUCAACAACGUCUUGGUCAUUUAUUAAAACAAAUAUUUAAUCAAUAUGUAAUACAAUCACUUGAUUUUAAUAAAAAAGAUUAUUUAUACGAUUUAUUAAAACAAAUGUUUCAAUUUCAACCUGAUAAACGUAUUGAACUGCAAUUAUCAAUUGAGCAUCCAUUUUUUUCAUUAAGUUCUAGUAGAAAUUUGAAAAAUAAAACUCGAUUAAAUUCAUUAGAAAUAAAAAUAUCAUCUAUUCGUAUUGAUGAUCUUAUUCAUUUGUGUACAAAACUUAAUUUAGAACACUCACGCUGGAUCUUAACACUUAAAGAGCGCUGCCUAUUUGAAUUGAUUUUACAUACUCAUAAUUUUAGCCAAUUUAAUCCUGAUAAAUAUGGUUUAAGUCAACCAUUGAUAAAUGAACUUAUGAGAUUGAUGUACUUUCUAACGGGUAAUCCAUAG